AUGUCUCUAAACCAUAUAAAUCUAUCAAUCCCGUUGCAACAAAAAAUAAAAAGAGCUGGUUAUGAGACGAUUGAGAAACUCUUGUCGCUUGAUAUACUUGACAUUACAACAGGUAAUGAAUUGCAAUUGAAUCAAUUGGAGAGGGAACAACUUUCUAAAGCGAUUGACAAAGAGCGUGACGAGAUUGAAGUGAAACAUCAAAAUGAACAAUUAAACAGUAUCUCCACUCAAUCCAAUAAUAUCGACCUGUUGUUUGGAUUCGGCAUUCCACCUAAGAAAAUCACAGAGAUCUGUGGUGAAUCGGGCACAGGAAAAACACAGCUCUGUAUGCAGAUAGGUGUCAAUUCGUUAGCUAAAGGCGAAUGUAUCUACAUAGAUACAGAAGGUUCAUGCUCAUUGAAUGGCCGACUCAAGGACAUCUUGACCACUCAAAAUAUUGAUCGACUUCAUUUAUUCCAUGUCUUGAGCCAUGCUGAACUCAUGUCAAUUAUCACUCAACUACCGGACAUGCUUGAGGAUUUCCCCAAUACAAAAUUAAUCAUUAUUGAUUCAUUGGCUUUCCAUUUUCGAGUCAACGUAUUGACAAAAGCUGUCAGAGACGGACUCUUAAAUGAGAUUGGAAUAACUCUCACGAAUAUUGCUAGAGAAAAAAAUUUGGCAGUAGCGGUUGUUAACCAUGUGACCCAGGAAGGUGAAGAUUCAGAUUGGAUCCCAUCCCUAGGUCCCGCAUGGGGAAACUGGUGUAGUAGUAGACUGUUCCUGUUUCGUAAAAGAAGUUCUCGUUUCGCUUAUCUGUACAGAUUGUCUGAUGCCACAUUAAAUAGGCCUGUACAAUUUUGCAUCAAGGAGCAUGGAAUCUCGGAUCCUAUCAAGGAUGAAAUAGAGAUAAUCAAUGAUGAACAGACUCAACGACAGCUUGAUAACAAUAUCGAGUAUGUUUUUACACAAUUAAAACAAGAAAAGGACGCAGCAGAUGAACAGAAUAGAGUGGAUGAAUUCUGGAGUGGUGCCUACUCGGACAAACCUUACGUCUCAAAAAUAACAUCUCACCAAGAUCAUGCCGAGAUCGUACAAAACAACGUCACACCAACACAAUAUAACGAACAUGAUUGUCCUAACCCUUCGCAGUCGUCUCAUAAGACGGAAGCAACUGUGGAGUCUAUUCCAUGCACACAGGUAGUAAAUGAAGAAACUUUUAUACCGGCAACACAGAUACCAGCGGCUUAUGAAGAUGAGGAUUUCAUACCUGCAACACAACUUGUUGAAAAUGCAAAUGCAACCAAGGGAUCUCGAGUAUGUACCAACAUUCAGCCUGAUCAGGAACAGGAAGAUAGUUUAGGCGAUUACAAAGAGGAUGCCUUAUCAUGGGAUGGUCACGAAGGAAAUCUACCUGAUACAGAUAGCCAAGUAUUUUCCCGAGUAUCACCAAGCAAUUCUGAUAUAGGCUAUGUACCCAAGAAACCACACAUUAAACCAAUAUUUAAGGAUCCAUUACCCAUUCGUGAGAAAUUACAUACAUAUACUAAAGCACAUGGACCGGAACAUCUCCCAAUUUAUGAAGAUGAAGGCGAAGCAUUAUUUGACAUCAAAGGCUUAGAAACAAAUGAGGAUGUGAACUCAUCACAGCAGGACAAGAGUAGUAUAAUAUUUUCUGAAGAUGAACUAAUUUGCUCUUCACAAGAUAUAUCAAAUGCUUACAACUCUGACGAUCAGCUUAUAAAUUCUACCCAAAGCAAGCCCAACAUAAACUAUGCUGAUGACAUACGUAUCUAUUCUACACAAGACACGCUAAAGUCAAAUGAACCUGAGGAAAAUGAAACAAUACUUUCCACCCAGGACAAAUUAAACGUGGAUAAUUCAUACCCUAAUCAUGAGAUUGUAUAUUCUACCCAAGGAAAGUCUGUCAUCCACGAAACAGACAGCGAAGGGUACUUAUACUCCACACAAGAUAAAUCCAUACUUAGGAAAAUGUACCUUGAUGUUGAGACCUCUUCCCAAAGUAAUGUGGAGGAUUUCGAAAACGCUUCACACAAAGCAGAGCUGCCAAUGAAUCAAAAUGAUAAACCUUCAAAAUUAGACGAUGAGACAGAUAUGAACAUUCCCUUGAUGUCAUCCUUGUCAUCAUUAUCGUCUCAGGAAAAAGACGUUGAACCUGACCGUAAAAAGGCCAUCAAGAGAGAUCAUAGUGCAGUUGAUAGCAAAAACACUUCCUGUGAAUCUUUAUCAAGUAGUCAACAUCCGCGAAAAAGAAGUAAAGGCAACGUUGUACGUUUUCAAAUACCAGAAAAUAGUUCAAAUGAAAGUUGUAACAGAUCUCCAGCAGGCGUUAUUGAUAACAGCAAAGCUGCUUCAGAAGUUGCUGUAAAAUCUAAUAAUGAAAGUGCGGACUGGGACAGUGAUGAAGAGGAGCAAUUGGACUACAAGUAUAUUGAAGAGAUGGAUGAGUAUCUGUAA